GCCGUCAGUCCCGAGGAAGGCGAACACUCCGCGCAGGUCGUCUCCUCCUCAACUUGCUUCUCUCGAACCGCUCAACUUCAACGGAGCCGGGAAGGGAAUAACGCGGACCGCUGCCGUGGAUUGUUGUUUCCGUGCAUCUACCUGAUCCAUGGCGAGACGCGACGCUCACGCCAGGCUGCCGCCGCCGCCGCCGCCGCCGCUGCUGCUCCCACUGGCGGCGGCUUGGCUCCUCCUCUGCGCCCGUCAAGGGGUUGGCGCUCAGAAGGUGCGCGUGGAGGAGGAGCUGGAGGCGUACCCCAACGAGUCCGUCGAUCUGCGCUGCCAGUUCAUCGACGGCGGAGGCAAAACCAAACUGACCCAGGUGUCGUGGAUUUGGGAGCCCGCUGAUGGCCAGAGGGACAACAUUGCCGUGUACCAUCCCACCUACGGCCAGAGUUUCCCCAACUUGUCCUUCAAAGACCGGGUCAUCUUCCUGCACCACAACCUGGAGAACCCGUCCAUCAGGAUCUCCGACCUGCGGAUGUCCGACGCGGGCCGCUUCACCUGCGAGUACGCCACCUACCCGUCCGGGAACGAGCAGGGCACCACCACCCUCGUCAUGCUCGCCAAGCCCAAGAACUCUGCCAAGGUGGUGACGGUGCAGGCGGGCACCAAGGCGGCGGUGGUGGCGCAGUGCGAGGCGGCCGACGCCAAGCCGGCGGCGACCAUCAAGUGGCUGGCGUCAGUCGGGGGAAACCACUCCACCAGCACCGCCAACGGGCCGGACGGCACGGUGACAGUGCGCAGCGAGUACCGGCUUGUGCCCACGCCGGCUGACAACGGCAGGGAGGUGACGUGCAUGGUGGACCAGCGCACACAGGACAAGACCUGGAUGCACCCGCUCAGGCUCUCUGUGGAGUACCCCCCCUCCGUCUCCAUCGAGGGCUACGACCACAACUGGUUCGUCGGCCGCCUGGGCGCCACGCUUGUCUGCACGGCCAACGCCAACCCGGCGCCCACCACCGUCACCUGGACGGCGGCGUCCGGCCCCCUGCCGAACACGGUGGAGGUGGACGGCAACAAGCUGACGGUGAGGAAGGUGGACGAUGGCGUCAACACCACCUUCAUCUGCGAGGUCAAGAACAAGCACGGCGCCUCCAGGCACCAGAUCACCACCCACAUCAUCGAAGCCUUGGAGGACCCGUCCAGCACCGGCGUAGUGGCGGGCGCCGUGAUCGGCUCCCUCCUGGCGCUGCUCUUGGUAGCGGCGCUGGUGGGCGUGCUGCUGACACGAAUCCGCCGCCGGGGAAACCGCGCCUUCUCCGGGGACUCGGCAGUGGGAACGGGCGGCGGGGCCACCGAUUACGGCAACAAGGCCUGCCUGCUGUUCGGCGGCGAGGGCAAGAACAGCGGCGGCGGCAACAACGGGCCGGCGUACACGUACCGCGAGGGCUGCGACAACGCCGGGACGCUGACGGAGAAGGCCAACGACUUCCACCACCACCACCGCCUCCACCACCACCACGCCGGCGCCAGGCCUUCUGCCCACGACAUCCUGCUCAGCGGCCAGCUGGAUGAGGCCGAGAGGAGGAAGUUUGACGACAGCACGGAAGAGGAGGAGGAGUGCUAUGAUGGGAACACCCUCCCGCCGGCCUACCGCAUCCACAGGGGCCGUGGCGGCGAGGAGGACAUGUACCUGGAUGAUGACAUGGAGUCUCAGAGGGACGGAUCCGUCAUUUCUCGGACCGCCAUCUACGUCUGAGUCUGGAAGGCUGAAGGUGUUUGACCUAUGAAUCUGACGAGGGCGCCAUGUGACACUCUGACUGGAAGGAAACAUGACACCGCCCGUGACACAUAAAAACCAUGGACCUCAGCGCCGCUUGUCGCUGUCGUGUUCUUCUUCCUCCGGCUUCGCGAGUGAUCGUGUGACUUUGUAGUUUCUUGCCUUCUCGUGUCGGCGCAGCGAGAGUCGCUAACGUGCUAACGUGCUAACGUGUGGCCGCUGUGCUGUUAAUGCCGUCGCUGUUGUCGUAGAUGUCGUCGUCGUCGUCCGUUGUUGUUGUGUAGCCGUGUUGAUCUCGCUAGGGAAGAGAAUUGCUUCGGGUUCCCCAUCAGGUCGCUAAUGACACGCAGGAUGGGUUUAAAUAUAAACUGUGUAUGCUUUUCCUCCUCUUCCUCUUCAUGCAUGCCGAUCUAUAAGUUCCAUCUCCGUCUUGUGCCUUGUUUACACAAUGGCCGCACACCCAUAGCUGCUAUUUAUAGAAGCCAAUCAUUGGCUUUUUUUCCACAUCCGGCAGAAUGGACCUCAUUCAGCGUCCUUCUUCCUAAAUCCUCCUUCGCUCACGCAUCCUUUUCCAGAAGAUUGCCGCUUUCAUUCCUAUUUUACUCUUCUGGGAUUUGUCCCAACAAAUCCUACAAACGGAGUACUUACACACUUUGGGACGCCGGCACAGCUGAGCGAUGAUAACUUUUGUAUUCUUUGGAUUAGGAUUUUAAUUACAGUUGUAUCGUCAUCAUUUUUUUAAAUUUUUAACAUCUGUUGUUGUGUCUCAAUUGGCUCGCUUCCAUACUUGCGCUUAGCACGCUCUCGGUGGCCAUAAAAGGAAAGAAGCGGGUAAAUAUUGAAAUGGUCGUUUCCAGUAAUGGAUUUGGGGCAGCACUACACUGGCAAAAUUUGUGCACUUAGGAAGUAAGUACACAGUGUACACGUGUACUUAUUGAAGUGUACUGAUGGAAGUAUUCCAUAUUGGCGCACGUUAAAUGAAAUGACAUUACUUAAACUACACAUUUUUCUUGUUAGAUUGCAACUUUUUUUCUCAAUAUUUUGUUUUUAUUCUUGUCAAACUACUGCCGAUUUUUCCAUUUUUUGCCGUUUAAAAAAAUCCAAAUGUUGCGAUAAUGUUUUGUCUUGUCGAGUGGUUGCAAUUCACCUUUAAAAAGGAGAGAAACAGUCAUUCUUGCAACGACAGAAAUGCAUUUGGGACAGCACUACACUGUCAAAAUUUACGCACUUAGGAACUAAAUCAACUUCUUGUCAAUAUUUUCUUACUUUAUUCGUGUCAAAUGACUGCACAUUUUUAUUUUCUUGUUAAAUUAUAUUUUUACCACGUGCCACGGAGGGCCAAUAAAAAAAAUAGCCGCAAAUAUCCCCCCGGGCCGCACUUUGGUGUAAUGGUACACGCUGCUCCCUGUCAAAAAAAAGCAAAUAAAGUCACAACAAAUUCACUUUUAAUGAUUGCACAAUUGAGAAGUUGGCAGAUAUUUUCUCAGGCAAUCUAAAUGUUGGCGAUAAUGCUUUGUAUCGUGGUUGCAAUUCAACUUUAAAGAGAGAAGAAGUCAUUUUUGCAAUGAUAGAAAUUGAUUUGGGACAGCACUACACUGCCAAAAUUCCCACACUCUAAGUACAAAGUGUACUUACUGAAGUGCACUGAUGGUCGUCUUCCAUUUGAGACACACUAAUGGUGAACCCACCGUUACGUUCCUGUUAGAGAUCAGACGCGACAUUUAAGCGGGAUGCAUGUGCCCGGAUGGAAGUACUGCCUUCACCGUGUCCCACCCCCUCCCCCGUGUUCUGAUCGGGCUCCCUGCAGCCUCAUGUCCUUCAGUGGGGAAAGUGGGGACGUUUAUAUGAUGGUAACGAAGUAGGACCAUCUGGCACUGAUGCCCAGCUUACACUCUAAGGGUGCGUUCACACUUGUCGUGUUUGGUUCACUUAAAAGCAACUCAAGGUGAAAAUCACAUCACAUACGUCGUCCGAUCCAUUUAAGAUUAUGCUUAACUGAGAUUACUCAUGAAAAUACAAAUGUGAAUGCUAACAGGACCGCACUGAAGUGACCAUCAAGGCUGGUUAGCAUCCUGCCGGUUGGGAGUCUCGGGGUCUUGUUCACGAGUGAGGGAAGGCUGGAUCACCGUCGUGGUGAAGAGAGAGCUGAGCCGGAAGCCAAAGCUCUUGGUUUACGGGUUGAUCGAUGCUCCUACCCCCACUUUCAUGGAUACAAGCAACUGAAAUGUGCUUCCUCCGUCGGGUGGCUGGACUCACCUGAAGAGAUGUUGGAGCACCUAGGGACUCAGCACCCUUUGGGUUGGGAAUGGGGUCUUGCCCCAGGUGGAGGAGUCCAGGCAUCUCAGGGUGUUGUUCAUGAGUGAGGGAAGGCUGGAGUUUGAGAUUGACGGGUGGAGCUGUGCAGCAUCUGCAGCAAUGUGGUCGCUGUGUGAGAGCUGAGUCAGAAGGCAAAGCUCUCAAUUUACAGGUUUGUACCUUUACCUAAGUUCACAAGCUUUGUGUAGUGUCCGAAAGAGCAAGAUCCUGGAUACUAGCGACUGAAAUGAGUUUCAUCCGUCAGGUGGCUGGAAGGCAGGAGUGUGAGAUCGUCAGGCAGAUUGGCACAGCGUCUGCAGUAAUGUGGUUGCUGUACCGGACGAUCGUGGUGAAAAGAGAGCUGAGCCAGAAGGCAAAACUCUGGAAUCUACAGUGCUACCCUCGCCUAUGGUCACGAGCUUUGGGUAGUGACCAAAAGUGACUGAGAGGAGUUUCCACUGUAUGGAGGAAAAGGGUGGCUUCCCCCCUUGAGCUCUUGUCCCAGGUGGAGGAGUAUCUUCAAAUGUUGUUUACGAGUGAGGGCAGGCAGGAGUGUGAGAUCGUCAGGUGGACGGCCGCAGCAUCUGCAGUAAUGUGAGUGUUGCACCGCUGAGGCGGAAGACAAAUCUCUCGAUUUACGGGCCAAUCUAUGUUCCUACCCUCACCUGUGGUCACCAGCUUUGGGUAGUGACCAACUGAGCAAGAAGGCAGAUACAAGCGGGCAAAAUGAGGUGUUCCGGGCAUGCCCAAAUGGGAGGAGGCCCCGGGGUAGACCUGGGUUGUGCCUUGGUCUCCCCCCGGGGGAGCUGAAAGAUGUUGCCAGAGACCUGGAAGUCUGCCCCGCAGCCCAGACUGGAUAAGCGGAAGAAAAUGGAUGGAUAGCCUGGACCGGAUUACCGGACUACAAGUGUGAACGCACUCAAUAGAACCUUCUUCAGAAAAUACGAAUGAGGCCUGUCGCUAGGUUGAUCUGACAGUUGUGGACGUUGCACCUACUGAAAGUGACAAGUCGCAGCUCUUUUGACAUCCAUGUCUUCCUCGUCUUUUUUUGUUUGUUUGUUUGUUUUUUUUCCCCCUGUCCUGUCCGGCCUUUAAAGCAGAUAGAAUUGUAGAUCUAAAUGCCGUCAAGUGCUCAACAGAUUUACUCUGCCAGGGAGAAGUGUGAUAUACACUUCCCGUGUUAUACAGAAUUUAUUUGACUUUGACGCUUGUUAUUAAGCAAAUUUGGAGCAAGAAGAAGAGAAAAGAAAACGGGGGGGGGAUGAGAGGGGGACAAAAAAAAGAGGACAAGAGACAAGGACAACAGCAGCAACAACAAUUGUGACAACAAGAACAGAACAACAGAAACAUACAGAACGACAUCAGCAAAUAAAUGUCUGUGAUGACUAUAAAGACGAACAAGGACAUAAGGACAAAGGACAAAUCAAUAUUAACAACCACAAUGACAACGCUGUCAAUGACAAUCACACUUAAAUAGUAGUCAUGAAAUGAUGAACUAUGAUAGUGAACACAAUGAUAAUACUGCAUUGAAACAGUCACACAUAAUAGUAGUCAUGAAAUGAUGAACUAUGAUAGUGAACACAAUGAUAAUACUGCAUUGAAACAGUCACACAUAAUAGUAGUCAUGAAAUGAUGAACUAUGAUAGUGAUCACAAUGACAAUACUGCAUUGAAACAGUCACACAUAAUAGUAGUAAUGAAAUGAUUAUCUAUGAUAGUGAACAGAAUGAUAAUUACUGUAAUGCACAUCAUUGUAAAAAAAAAAAAUUUAUAGUCAUACUGCUGAAAUCACCGUCGCUGUAAUAAAACCAACAACAUAAUAACACCCUGGUUAACUCAGUGAGUAAUGUGGGGAAGUACGUAUGUACUGUGAGUGUGCAUAUGUACAGGUAUCUCUGUAUGUGAGGAAGACUUCAUAUAUAUAUAAAGGUGCAGGAAUGUGUGGGCGUGUAAUUGUCACUGAGAAUGCAUGAAAGGAAAGGGGCCGCCCUCCACCUCCCAGAGAGCCCCGCCCCAAAUAGCCUGGCCGAGCCCCCACCGCCAGAAGGCCACCAGGCCCACAGGGGCAGGCAGCACAAAGAUCAGUGCCCCAAGAGCCAGCCCAGAGAGCCCUCCCCCCGUGAAGACCAGCAAGGGGCCAAAGAGAGGUAAUCCCAGCCAAAGACAGGUUUCCAGCGGGCCGGAGUACAGCCAACCCCUGAGACCAGCGAGAGAUCACACCCCACAAAGGCAGACAAGUACCGGGGGCCACAAACCGGCAGGCCCAGAGAUGCCCCCACAACCGGAAAGAAGCCCGCCCACGCCGGAAGCGCCAAUUCCCCCCCGACCGCCACCCCCACCCCCAGGGAGCGGAGUCCGGCCCGCCCCGGGCCAACCCCCGCCCGACCCCUGACACAGGGCCGCCCCGCCCAGGGAUGCAGGAGGCACACCCUCCACCCACCCGGCGGAGGCACGGGCGGCAGAGAUGUAUCACCCAGCACCCGACCCCACGGAACAAACCCCUGUAUGCCCCCCCCCAAAAAUAAAUAACUAAAAUAAAUAAAAAAAUAAAAGUACACAGACACACGCACGCACAUACACACUCCUACGCACCCACGCGUACGCACAUACACACACACACACACACAUACGCACGCACGCACGCGAACACACACACACACACACACACACACACGCGCACACGCACACGCAGUGGUCGACUGCCCGACACUCGGAAGCCUCGCCCUAUCCCCCGUUGGUAACCCAAGGAGCAGCGGAGCCGGGGACCCCGGGGUCCCAGACAUACAAUCCAGAACCCAGGCGCGGAGAGUGGGGACCGCCGGGGAGCAGGAAGACACCAGGCCACACCCUCCCAACGGUAGGACGCUGCCAGCAAGGCAGACAGAGGAGUCAGCGAGGAGGAAAGCGGGAAACUGAGCAAGCGGGCGGGAAAACGGGCGAGCGGGCGGGAAAACAGGCGAGCAGCCAGGCGAACCACCACACAGCGGCAACCGACACCCGCGGGCCAGCAAACCCCGGAGAGGGAGAGCACCAGACCCGAGAAGGCGAGACCAGCAGCAGACCAGCCAACGGACCCCACAAACCACCAGAAGCCAGACCAGCCACAUGCCACCAGAGCCGACAGCGCACCACUCGUGCACCGGAGCCCCACCCCCGACAAGCCCGCAGACAGACCGGGGAAGGCGAGGACACAGACAGCGGCCCAGCAGAGCACAAAGCGCAACGGCGACAAACGCCCAAGCGCCCGGCAGAGCACAACCCCCCCCAGCGGGCCCGGCCCCAGGGCACACGCCCCCCGCCACCCAGGCCCACAGUACUCGCAAGCAUGACCAAGCCCCAACCACCAGUCGGCCCGGCGCCCCAGCAGCCGCCGCAGCACAGCAACCACAAGCCCCCGUGGCAGCACAUGGGCCACCCGCAGCACCGGCACCGCCCCCCGGAGACCGCCGAACCCACCCCAAGAGCGCAGAGGCGCCCGCGGCACGUGUCAGUGCAGGGGAAGCACCGCAAGCCGCCCCCCCGGUGCAAGCCCCGUCAUCAACAGGCCCCAGAGGGCCAACCCAGGGAAAGGCAGGCGAACCAGACAAAGGCAUCCCACAAGCCAGGCCACCCCGGGCAAGCCACUGCGACGGCCAGGCACCCCGCCACACCACCGACCCUGGCGGGCAGGCGCCGCGGAACAGGCACGAGGCACCCCAAUCCAGCCCGCCCCACUCGUGUAUAUGUGAUAUGGUGUGAUUGUGUCUAUUAUGCAAUUUAAAAAAUAAUAAAUAAAAUAAAAUAAAAGAGGACAGCUAUGAAGAGCUGGUCUCUGUGUCCCUGAGGGGCGUAUCUGUGUGCAUGUAUAUGAUAGGGGUGUAUGUGGAUGAUAGCUAAUGAUGCAGUUAAAAUCGGAGGACAGCUGCCGCUCGGAGGGCCCCUCACCUGACCAGCCCCCCCAAACCCUAAGUGUCUACUCUCCGAUUAAAAUUUUGGGGCGACAGGUCAGUGGCACGGCAGGGGCAAAGGAGCCCCGCAAGGCAGCUCCCCUCCCCAACCACGCACCACCCACCACAGCCCAGGCUCGGGCCCUACCCGGCCCGCCAGGAUGCCCAGUCCGGCCCACCCAACUCCCCAGAGGCGAUACCCCCAGCGCCCCCCAACACCGGAGUCCCACCAGAGGUAGUGUCCACAGCGCCACCCCCAAACCGCCAAACACCACGGACCAGCCAGACACCAGCACGUAGCAGGGAACGCCGGCCAGCCCCCCGCCAGCCCCACCCCCAAGCCCCCGGCCAAAGCCACCGCCGACCGCCCCACCCCGGAGCAAGCAUCCCCCCCGCCGAUCCCGGCCAGCGCCACGCGGAAGGUGCCCGCCCCCACGCGCACCCACACGACCACCCGCCCGCGGCCCCCACACCCCCGCCCACCAAGCCACAGCGGCCCCGUCCCUGAAGGGAGAAAGCAAGGGAUCCCCCACCCCAGCACCACGCACCCCCCACCCCGAGCCUAAACUGCACAUUUGCGACCCCCUACCUCCGCGUCCCCGGUCACCCGGGGGACAGCCACAGGCGCCGGAGGACAACAAUCAGCUCCCACCUGUCACACAUACACCACACACAUAAAUCGGUAAAAUAAAAUAAAAUAAAAAAAUUUAAUUAAAUUUAAAAAAUAAAAAUAAAAAGGGGCAACCAAAAGGGGAGAUAGCUCCGCAGGGGCAGCUGGGCUCAAGCACCCGCGCCCCCACCAGGGGGAGAGGCCGGCCCCCACACCCCACACCGGACGACCCCACGCGGCAGCCGAGCAGGAGGGCCCAGGGCAGACCCCGCCCCACCCCCAGAGGCAAAGGAGGCGAGGGAGAGCCAGCGCCACCAGCCGCACACGGGCCCGCCCAGCAGCAGUAGGCGCCCGGCACCCGCAGGAUGCAGCACCUCGCCCACCCACCACCCCGGAGGUCAACCAACGCCGCCCCCUGGACGACGCCCCCGCCCCAUCACCCGACCCGGACCCCUCCCCACCCCCACUCACCAGCCAGGCAGCCCAGCAAAGAAGACCCGGGACACCAAGCCCGCCCCCGCCCGCCCCCGAGGUACCAGGGCCACCCAGCGACCAGGACCACACCCCAUGCCAGAUGAACAAGACCCCCAGGGGCAGAGACAGACGCCCUCACCCCCCCCGAGAGUCAGGUCAGGGAAUUAAUUAUUGGUGCCCAUAUAGACUGAAAUUCUGACAUUUGUUCCUUAAAUUCAGCAGACAUUCUCUCCAUAGCUAUAUGAUCUAACAAAAGACUUUUGUAGUAGUAGUAGUAGUAGUAGUACUUUAUUAAUCCCACAGCAGGGAAAUUCAUCUGUUACAGCAGCAAGCAAGAUACACAAGUAUGUACACAAGUAAAGAAUGCAUAGUCAUAGACAAUGCAUGCAAUGCAUAGACAUAGUGAAUACAAAAUGGUUCAGGUGUUGUAGAGCCUGAUAGCGGUCGGUAUGAAGGACCUGCGGAACCUCUCCUUCUUACACCGUGGGUGUAACAGUCUGCCGCUGAAGGAGCUGCUAAGGGAAACAUCAGUGUCAUGUAGGGGGUGAGAGGUGUUGUCCAUGAUGGAUGUCAGCUUAGCCAACAUCCUUCUCUCCCCCACUUCCUCCACGGAGUCCAGAGGACCGUCCAGGACAGAGCUCGCUCUCCUGAUCAGCCUAUUGAUCCUGCUCCUGUCCCUGUCCGUGCUGCCCCCUCUCCAGCAGCCCACAGCAUAGAAGAUGGCUGAGGCCACCACAGAGUCAUAGAAGGUCCGUAAGAGAGUCCUGCACACACCAAAGGACCUCAGUCUCCUCAGCAGGUGUAAAGAGCUAUGUUCACUUUCUUCCUUGAUUUCCAAUUGAUGAGAAUGGUUUUCUUGGCGAUGCUUAAUGCAAUGAUGAGAAGCUGUGUUUGGUUUGUUUCUACAUCAAUUGUGGAGAGAUCGCCCAGCAGGCAUAGUAAAGGGGAGGUAGGAAUGGAGAACCCAAGUGCCAAAGAUAGGUCCUCACACACUCUGUGCCAAAAAUUGUUCACGGGAGCACAGGUCCACAUGGAGUGUAAGUAGUCAUCUAUUUAUGCCUUCCUUGUCUACCGCUUCAUUUGCAUCACGUAUCUUUUGCAGAGGAGAGACAACGUGAAAAAGUGAUCCGUUCCGUGUUUUGGUUGCUGAACUUGUAAGUCAAUAAAUGACCAAGGGCUGUGUGAGUAUUUUCCCAGUCAAGUGGCUGUGCUUGAUUUUGUGCUACGCUAGUCCUGCGGUGUCGUCUGCUAGCUGGUAUUUUUGGAUGUGUGAGGACAACCUGGAAAGGCGGGGGACAUGUUCUCGCCUUCUAGGAAUACUAUAAGAUCAAAAAGGAAUAGCUGUGUGAGCGUGAAAAGAAGGCUGAUCUUGUCGUACAAAGGAAGCCAUUAGCAGCUUUUGCGUCUGCGUUUUGCCGGGUGUUUAUUGUCUCUGAACAGCUUCUGUCGCCCGUUUCAUCCGGAACGUUCCGCCGCCUUCCUCCUAACUGGCAGCUUGUAGCGGCUUGGCAAAGCGAUGUGAAUAAAAAAGACGCCGUCGUCACGUGAAAGUGUUUGUUGUAUCGCUGCCAUCAUCUCCAAAAGGGCGCGUUCACGCUGCCUCCCUCGCCCCAAAAGGGAGAGCGAGAGAAAAAAGGACUUUUCUUAAUGCAGUUUGGAGGAUCUUUCACACUAUAAAUAAAAAUCCCUGACGGAGGCUGCGGUUUCAUCUCUUUCUAGCACCUUUUGUUAGACUGGUGCAGGCCUCAGCAGUUCUUCUCUCUGGUGGAUUCCCGCACUCCCGAGUUCCAAAGAGUCAACGGGGAUCAGGACUUUGCUGCCUAAUUAGUGCCAGAGCCUUUGCAGCGUGCAGGCGCCCUUAGGGAGAUCUGACGGAACUUUUUCUCUGUUUUUGUUUUUUCACAACUCAUUUUAUUAAAAGACUGUGGUAAUGAAUGAAGCUGAGCUGUGUUGUGAUUACCUACGAUGCACCAGGAGGCACCUGCUCCUGGAUGGGGGUCUUCUCGGCAGCAGGUCUCACAAUUCCAUCACAUCGUCAACCUUUGACUUCAGCAAAUAGUCAAGAAUAAAAUGUUGGUGCUGGUCAAACAUCUUCUAUAAGACAUGAACGCUGUGUUGUUUUUUGGCAGUCGUCUGCAAAAAUACUCAUCUGUCAGACAGGAGCUUUCUGCUGUUUUUAGGAAUCUGCUACAAAAGCACUCAUCGAAAAUCUUCUAUAUGUCAAGUGCUUGUCAAAGAUCCUCUAUAUGACAGGAGCGCCCUGCUGUUUUGGGGAAUCUGCUAUGGAACCGCUAGUCAAAGAUCCUUUAUGUGAAAACGCUCCUCUCUUUUUAGGAAUCUGCUGCAAAAGUGCUGGUCAAAAAGCCUUUCUGUGACAAGCACUCUGUUUUUAGGAUUCUGCUUCAAAAGUGCUCCAUAAAUAUCCUCUGCGACAAGUGCUCUGCUGUUUUUAGGAACCUACUACAAAAGCGCUCGUCAGAAGUCAUUUCAAUGACAGGUGCCCUGCGAUUUUUAGGAAUUUGCUACGAAACUGUUAGUCAAAGAUUCUGUAUAUGACAAGGCUUUGCUGUGUUUUAGGAAUCUGCUACAAAACCAGUAGUCAUAGAUCCUCUAUGUAACAGGCGCUCUGCUGUUUUUAGGAAUCUACGACAAAAGUGCUUGUCCGAAACCCUUUCUAUGACAAGAGCUCUGCUGUUUUUAGGAAUAUGCCAAGAUUUAAAAUCAAAUGGUUUUGCUACUGAUGGGCAGUCGUUAAUAAUGAAUUCAUUGUAUUUUUACAAGACAAGCUGGGACCUGGAAAAGGCCCCCAGGCAGCACGUUGGACACCCCGGCCUUGAAAGCCACCUCAUGGACAAACGUUAAGACAGACGCCGUCAUCCGUGCCACACGUGCUUGCAGAACAGCGCCUCUGCCAAGUCGCUUGGCUGUCACGGGGCGAGCGUGGGGGUGGCGCCAUCGGUGAGGGUGGUCUCUUGGCGCUCCAUCUGGAGAAUUUGAUAUCACGCUGCCGAGGGAAAAGAAUAAGCAGCUAAAGAAUAGAAGAUGGAGGUGUGAAGAUACCACUAACGCAUCAACCAUCUCAGACCUCCCUGUGCUCUACGUGUGGGGGUGGGGUCAUCUUCUUGCUUAGCGUGGCAUCAUAGCCGCCAAUCAAGUGAAUAAAGAAGACUACACAAGAGAACAACAAUGGAGAACAUUGUUCUGGAAUAUUCUCCUUCAUUGUUUGCUCAGGGCAGUGAAGCCACACAACGGGACUGUUCGGGUUGCAUUAGAAGACGUUUUGCCUCUCAUCAGAGCAGGCUUCAUCAGUUCUUGCUCAAAGACUAGCUAGGAAAGUUGUCAUCUGACUAGCAGCCAGUGCUAGUCUAGUAUGCAGUUCAUGCUGUCUUACUUCUAAGACUAUGAGCAUGAAAUUAGUUACUAGAUAGGACGGCUCUAGUCCUAUCUGGUUCCUGCAUAGAGACUAGAUAGGACAGCUGUAUAGCCUGUGACUGAUUAGAUAGCACAGCUCUAGUCCUAUCUGGUUCAUGCUCAAAGACUAGGUAGGACAGCUCUAUGACCUAUGACUGUUUAGAUAGCACAGCUCUAGUCCUAUCUGGUUCAUGCUCAAAGACUAGGUAGGACAGCUCUAUGACCUAUGACUGUUUAGAUAGCACAGCUCUAGUCCUAUCUGGUUCAUGCUCAAAGACUAGGUAGGACAGCUCUAUGACCUAUGACUCUUUAGAUAGCACAGCUCUAGUCCUAUCUGGUUCAUGCUCAAAGACUAGGUAGGACAGCUCUAUGACCUAUGACUGUUUGGAUAGCACAGCUCUAGUCCUAUCUGGUUCAUGAGUGACACCUCUCUUUGGUUCAUGCUCAAAGAAGAGAGCUGACCUAUCUAGUCAGACUACAGCUGUCCUACCGAGUCAGACGAGAGCUGUCCUAACUAGUCUUUGAGAAUGAACUGACUGAGUAGUUGUAGUCCUAUCUGGUUCUGGUAUUUGGUUGAUGCUCAAAGACUAGAUAGGACAGCUUAGGUCUUAUCUAGUCAUUGAGCAUUGACUGAUAAAGCCUGCUCGCAUGAGAGGCGAAACGUCCUCUCAGACAACCAGAACAAUCCAGAGAAUCCAAUUCCGGAAGUGGAUCCACCAACCAACACACUGCACUGUGGCUAGCUCCGCCCCUUUGGGCAACCUAACACCAGGGUGCCAAAAAGUGGUUCUCGUGAGCCGCGGGUCGGUAGACGGUGACUGUCCUUUUCAAGCAGGCCAAUUAGGGAGAAAAGGCGGCAACAUAUUGGCGACAGAUCGUUCCCAUUGUGAGCGACUGUUGAGCGUUUUCUCCCGGGAGCCUCUCGACUUCCAUCCUGCUCUUCCUCUUCGCCUCAGCACAAGCUGUUCUGGACAUGUUUUAUUCAGCAGAAGGCAUGAAAGAGUCGGGAAUUAUCUCAGUGCUACUGAGAGAGGAGGAGGAGGAGGGAGGCGGAAGAGGCCUAUUAGUUAUUGAGCCGGGCUUUUGUGGUUAAUCCCGAGAAAACCCGGCUUCUGUCAGGCCAGAUGAGAUGCCGACGGAUGGCGCGGCUCAACUUGCUGUCUUCCAGCGACGACGGAUGGCGCGGCUCCGUGAGCGCAUCGCUUCCCGACACGCGUGGGUGCUCCCUUUGGUCAUGCUGCACUUUCUUUCCAACUUGCUUUUUUCAAACCUUUAGAGACCUUUUCAUGUCAGUAAAUGGCCAAAACAGGACCUUUUUCAGUCCAAAGUCGAGGCUAAAGUGGAAACAUCUUCAAAGCACGGAGGAGACGAGAGGAGUGUCACAUUCCAACGAUUACGAUGCAAGGACGCACGCUGAUCUGCCAAAAAGCAUUAUCUUCUGAGUGGGAUUCUUUUACAGCAGGAUCUAUGUCAGCGUCUUGGACUUGAGCCAUAAAUGAUUGUGUUCCAACAAAGAAAACGACAACAAAAAACAUCAUCUGUAUUGCUCCUCCGUCAGCGGGUUUGUUUGUUUUUUUGUGGAAUUAUUUAACCGUGUCGGGUGAUCCUCCCCUGCGGGAAGGCUUUAGUCAGGAGUGGAGUCGGUGACGAGAAUAAACCAAACAUUUUUUCUUUUGGAGAUCAGAGAUGUGCUGACGACGGCCGACUUGCAUCCUUUUGUCAUUCUCACUUCUUCUGACGAAUAGCAUUGCUAUAGAUCCUCUAUGUGACAGGAGCGCUCUGCUGUUUUUAUCCUCAAUAUGAAAAGUGCUUUGCUGUUUUUAGGAAUGUGCUACAAAAGCGCCAGUCAAAGAUCAUCUACAGUAUAUGACAGGAACACUGAUGUUUUUAGGAACCUACUGCAAAAGUGCUAGUCGAAGAUCCUCCAUAUGACAAGCCCUUGUCAAAGAUCCUCUAUAUGACAGGAGCGCUGUGCUGUUUUUGGGACUCUGCGACCAAAGUGCUAGUCAAAGAUCCUCGAAAUGAAAAGCACUUUGCUGUUUUUAGGAAUGUGCUACAAAAGUGCUAGUCAAAGAUCCUCUAAAUGAAAAGCACUUUACUGUUUUUAGGAAUCGGCUGCAAAAGUGCUGGUCAAAAAUCCUUUAUGUGGCAAGCACUCUGCUGUUUUAACAAUUCUGCUAGAAAAACGCUUGGUAAAGAUCCUCUACAUGACAAGUGCUUUGCUGUUUGUAAGAAUAUGCUACGAAAGCUCGAGUCAAAGAUCCUCUAAAUGACAGGAGCACGCUGUUUUUUUUGGGGGAGUCUGCUAGGAAAGUACUUGUCAAGCGCUUGGCUGUUUUUAGGAAUCUGCUGCAAAAUCACUUAUUAAAGAUCCUCGACAUGAAAAGACCUCUGCUGUUUUUAGGAAUCUGCUAUGAAAGUGCACAUCAAAAAUCCCCUAUGUGAAAAGCACUUUGCUAGAUUUAGUAAUUUGCUAGAAAAGCACUUGUCAAAGAUACUCUAUAUGAAAGAAGUGCUCUUGCUGUUUUUAGGAAUCUCCUGCAAAUGUGCUAUUCAAAGACCGUCUAAAUGACAGGAGCAUUCUGCUGUUUUUAGGAAUCUCCUGCAAAAGUGCCAGCCAAAGGUCCUGUAUAUCACAGGAACAAUGCAGUUUUUAGGAAUCUAGCUACAGGGGGCGCCAAACUCUAAAUGCUUUAGUCAAGCAGGGGUGUCAAACU